AUGGCAUUUCCAGCUCUUGUGAUAUCUCUUGUCCUGAGCGUGAUAGCAUAUUUCGUUGCCUACAUGUCCAUUAAGUAUUCGAAAGAUGCAUUUGCACAGCAAGGCCUGAAUGGCAUCGAUCUGCUCAAGCGCGAUCUGUGGCCCAAGGAAGUCAUACCACCCAUUGUGCCAGAGACCCAAGGGCUUCCAUGUGCAGCCGUGUAUCUUCUUGUUCUCGUCGUGUUUAUUCCUUUUAGGUAUUUUGGCUCCAGCAUGUACGGCCUACCCAAACUUCUCGUGGGCCAUGCGCACAGCGCGCCAGGCUUGCAUCAAGACCUUGCGUCGUUCUUGUCGGCGCUUUUGUCGAUCUAUUCUGGCACGCUCCUCGGCUUUGUCGACGAUGUACUCGACAUCCGCUGGCGAUACAAGCUCCCGAUUCCUUUGCUGAGCAGCAUACCUAUGCUCGUCGUAUAUAUGGCCGGUGGUGGCUCUACAAGUAUCAUUGUGCCUGCAUGGCCACCUGCGUUCCGCACUGUCUUAGGGCAGAACCCACUUGAACUUGGAAUGGGGUACUAUGCGUAUAUGAUGCUUCUUGCCACUUUUUGUACGAACUGCAUCAAUAUUCUUGCUGGCAUUAAUGGUGUCGAAGUUGGUCAAGCGCUUGUGAUUGCUUGCAGCAUUUGCAUAAACGAUUUGCUCUACCUGAAUCUUCCUGCCGUCAUACGCACGGCAGUGAUGAACAAAACGUACUUGCCGCAGCAUGAUAGUCUUCUUUUGGGUUAUCAUGGGAGCAAAGACCUUGUUGUGCGUCACUUGUUCAGUCUGCACAUGCUUCUUCCUUUUAUCGGCACGAGUCUCGCGCUAUUUAUGUGGAAUAGAUACCCUGCGCGUGUAUUUGUCGGCGAUACAUACUGUUACUUUGCUGGUAUGGUGCUGGUGUCAUGCGGCGUAUUAGGUCACUAUUCCAAAACACUUUUGCUUUUCUUUCUCCCGCAAAUCUUCAACUUCCUGCUCAGCUGUCUACAGCUCUUCGGUGUAGUGCCGUGUCCGCGUCACCGGGUGCCGUUCGUCGAUCCAGACACCCGCAUGUUGUUCCCCUCAUGCGUGCGUCUUCAUGAAGAGACAAAUGCCUACGUGCAUUGUGUCCUUGCCAUUCUCGAAACGUGCCGAUUCGUGCAACGGAUUCGGGACGACAACGGCCACAUCGUGGGCGUUACCAAUUUAACUAUGCUAAAUGCGUUGCUUGUAUUGCGUGGCUCUCGUGUCGCUCCAGCAACGGUCGCCGAUAUACAGGCAUCGCUUGCGAAUCAGGAUCCAACAUUACGGCCUGCACCCAUCCGUACGACUUUGCACGUCACGGAACACCUGCUAUGGUACCAUGUGAUGGCCGUGCAAAUAGUUGGCUCCAUGAUUGCAUUUACCAUGCGGUACUGGUUCGCAUAUAUUAUAUUCCCUUCUACAUAG